AUGUUAUAUAGGCGAACACUCUCACGCCACCUCCGGCGGGGCUUUUCCACGCCGAGUCGGUGGCACAGCACCGGCUCUAUCGCGCCUUCCACAACCUCGACCGAACUCCCUCCACAACCUACGUCUACUUCCCGUGCCGCGAGCCUAAAAGAUGUGAAGCCCUUCUCCGAGUUCCUCACAGACACUUUCAACCGUCAACAUGACUACUUACGGAUCAGCGUCUCGGAAAGAUGCAACCUCCGCUGCGUAUACUGCAUGCCCGAAGAAGGAGUGGACUUAUCGCCACCAGCGCAUCUAUUGACAACCCCAGAAAUCGUCUACUUGUCCUCUCUCUUCGUUUCUCAGGGCGUUACAAAGAUUCGGUUGACCGGUGGCGAGCCAACUGUCAGAAAAGAUAUUGUUCCCUUGAUGCAACAGAUCGGGCAGCUACGACCAAACGGGCUUCGUGAGCUUUGCCUGACGACAAACGGGAUAUCCUUACAUCGAAAGCUUGAUCCCAUGGUGGAGGCGGGACUCACGGGCGUCAACCUCAGUCUGGACACACUGGAUCCCUUCCAGUUCCAAAUUAUGACGCGACGCAAGGGAUUCGAUGCCGUGAUGAAAAGCAUCGACCGAAUUCUGGAAAUGAACAAAGUUGGUGCUGGAAUCAAGUUGAAGAUUAAUUGCGUGGUGAUGCGCGGUAUGAACGAUCGCGAGAUCCUCCCGUUCGUCGAGCUGGGCCGUGAGAAACCCAUCGAGGUGCGCUUCAUCGAGUACAUGCCGUUUGAUGGGAAUAAGUGGAAUAAGAAGAAGAUGUUUUCCUAUCAAGAGAUGCUCGCCGUUAUUCGGGAGAAGUACCCCUCACUGGAAAAAGUGGUCGAUCAUAAGAACGAUACGAGCAAGACCUACCAAGUUCCCGGCUUUGAAGGCCGUGUCGGGUUCAUCACGAGCAUGACGCACAACUUCUGCGGUACUUGUAAUCGAUUACGUAUCACUGGCGAUGGUAAUCUCAAGGUUUGUCUAUUCGGGAACGCCGAGGUUUCGCUGCGUGAUAUUAUUCGCAACGAGAACAACGGGCAACCUAUCGAUGAAGCUGCCUUACAAGAUCUUCAAUUGCUCGAGCGGGUCCAAACAGCAGCCCGUCUCAGCGAUGAGGGUAAUCUGGUACAUGAGCGCGAGCGAGAAAUCUUGGAUAUAAUUGGGAUGGCCGUCAAGCGUAAGAAGGAAAAACAUGCUGGCAUGGGACAAUUGGAAAAUAUGAAAAAUCGACCUAUGAUUCUCAUUGAUAGUAACAAAUCCUCAUGGUCAUCAUUUAGCCCACGGGCAAGAAACACAAGAAUCCCUUUCCAUCUACUCACGCCUUCCGCGGGUCUAUACCAAACUCGGCUCUACCACACCGGACGCUCCAAGUCUGCAGCUGAGGAAUCCACACCCCAGAAACCCGGUCAUUCAAGCCCUCGGUCUCUUCCUACUGUAUCUGACUCUGAACUUCCGCACCUUACCCCCUCUCAGACCGUGCAUAUGACACAGAUCACCGAAAAACCGGAGACAAAACGACUUGCUACUGCCGCUUGCAUGGUCUCAUUCUCCAACUCUAAGCCUUGGGAGCUGCUACGAAAAGGGCAAGGAACACACAAAGGUGACGUUUUCAGCGUUGCUCGUAUUGCCGGUAUCAUGGCAGCCAAACGAACUCCAGACAUCGUUCCCUUGUGUCAUCCUGGGAUCGGAAUUACUGGAGUCGAGGUUAGCGUGGAACUGGUCGAGCCAGAUCCUGACAGUGGAGAAAAGUAUGGUGCUAUGGAGAUUAUCGCCACCGUCAGUUGUUUUGGUCGCACGGGAGUCGAGAUGGAGGCUAUGACGGCUACUAUGGGAUCUGCACUGACUGUGUAUGAUAUGCUGAAGGCAGUUGACAAAGGAAUGGUCAUUGGCAAUGUACGACUGAUAGAAAAGCAAGGUGGAAAAAGUGGUCAUUGGGUACGAGAAGAGCAAGUCUAA